AUGAGCACCAAUACGUUAACAAAUAUAAUCAUUGAUGGACAAGAUACGAUUGUUAAUAAUACUGAUGUUGUUAUUGAUGGUAAUGAAAGUGAUGACGCUUCAAACGAAGAAAAAAAAUUCUAUUCCAAGUUAAAUAUGUAUAAAGAAAGUUUAAAAUAUCCCGAAAAGGUGAUGAUAUCAUUAGAUUAUUAUCAGAAAAUAAUACAGUGUUUGAAACAACCUAAAAGUGGUAAAGCAAUUGGUAUUGAUGCCAAAUUUCAUUUUUGGUGCAAGAAGUAUUUUAAACUUGAUAUUACUUCAGGAAUUGAAAUAUUAUGUUCGAUGAAGAAUGGUCGUCGAAUUGUUGUUAUCGAAUCAUAUUUUGCUGUUUUAAAAGAUAUUCAUAAAAAAACUGGUCAUGGUGCCCGUGAUAAAAUGCGUCACGAAAUGAAUGAACAUUAUUACUGGAUGCCGACUCAAGUUAUUGAUAUAUUUUUACAAUGUUGUACAUCUUGUAUAGUUAGAAAGUCUUUUAAAUUACCUGUUACACCUUCAGCUAUUAUAUCAGUUGGCUUCCUAACUCGUCUUCAAAGAGAUCUCAUUGAUUUUCGUACACGACCCGAUAAAGAUUUUCAAUGGAUCCUUCAUUGUCGUGAUCAUUACUCGAAAUAUUCUUGGGGCUAUGCAUUGAUAUCAAAAGAAGCUCAACGUAUUGCUGAUCAUCUUUUAACAUUAUUCUAUCAAUUCCGACCUUGCAAAAUUUUACAGUCAGACAACGGCCGUGAAUUCACGGCCAGUGUCAUUAAAAAUCUUAAAAAUUUUUGGCCAGAAUUGAUAAUCAUCAAUGGAAGACCUCGACAUCCCGAGAGUCAGGGGUUAGUCGAGAGAGGAAAUGCAACUUUAUGCCAAAUAUUAGGUAAGCUUAUGGAAGAUCGAAAUACAACUUUUUGGACAACAUGUCUUCUUCCCGCAAUAUAUUCUAUGAAUACGAGCUUGGCCCGUGGUGUAAAUAUGACUCCAUACGAAAUAGUUUUUGGACAAAAACCUAGAGUCGAUCAUGAAUUAUGGAAAUUAAUAGAGGAGCAAGAUAUUGAAUUUGAAGAAGAUUUACCAGCUUCUAUUCGUGAACGUCUUGCUGAGGAUGGUACAUCAGAACCAUUUUCUUCAAAUUCAACAAUUCGCUUAUCAAUAUCUCAUGCAACAUCAGAAUCAACUGAACCACCACAAGCAGCUGAAUCAACACAAGAACCUGAACCAUCACAGGCAGCUCCACCAAUACAAGAACCUGAGCCAACACAAGCAAUUGAUACAUUAAAUAAUAAUAAUACUGAAACGAAACAGAUUGCUGAUGACAUAACUUCAACCACUACUCGACAUUCAGAGAUUCGUAAACGAGCAACAAAAACAUAUUUGUCCAAUGCAAAUAAGAGAAUUAAAAUUCAUGAUGAAUUAAUAAAAGAUUUGUCUUUGAAAUGUUUGAUCGGUGAAUAUGUUGGUAUUAAAAUCAAUAAAGUUGAUCGAACCAACACCGAUCCAAAAAUUGUACCUGCCGUUAUUUUAGAAAAAAAAGAUGAUAAAAUCAAAGUCGCAUGUGAAUUUGGCAUUAUUAACCAGUGGUGGUCUUUGGAUUCUGUUGCUUUACUAUCAACUGUACCAGAAAAUUUAGUUAAUUUACAAACAAAUGAAUUAAAAGAAAUAUCUUUUAUAACUGCUUCAAGACUAUUUGUUCGUGGUGGUAUUAAUGGAGUUACUUGUUCAUGUAAAGGUGGUUGUAAGACAAAACAAUGUCCAUGUCGAAAAAAAAACAUACCUUGUUCGACAAAAUGUCACAAAAACGGUGUUCGUUGUGUGAAUUUAGAAUUAGAUGAUAAAAUAUGAAAUAUAUUAAUAGUUUCUUUCAACUUUAUAUAUCUUUCUCUACUAUUUGUUUAUAACUAGGCUUUGUUUUUUUGCUCAAAAUAAAAUUCCAUUCACUAUGAUUCACUUUUUUGUUGGAUUAUACUUAGUUUCUUAUGUGAGAUUGGUCUAGCUGAAUCUUAGAUUGGCCGUAUGCUAGUUUUAAUUCUACAUUGGACUAGGCCAAUCUAAGAUUCACCUACUAUUUUCAGGCGAAUCUGAGAUUGGACGUAUUCUAAUUCUUCAAUCUGACAUUGGCCUGACUUAUUAUACGUCCAAAGUGGAAUUCCAGAUUGGACGCGUCCAAUGUGAGAUUCUAGAUUGGCCUAGGCCAAUCUCAGAUUGGACGUAAUCCAACAUUGGCCGCUAACAUAUAUAUAUAUCGCAAAUAGCGUUCAAAGCUGAAAUUAAAACUCAAAUAUAAGAAAAUAUUGAGUUUACAUAAUACUUGAAUGAUUUUAUGAAAUCAUUCAAAUAUAAUAUUAUCGAAUGCUUGAUUUGUUUUCAAUGCUUUCCUAUUCGACAACAAAACAAAAAAAUGAUUACGGACUAAAUUUUUUUUCUUCUAUAUUAAAACCUACUUUGUGUUUAUCAGAGAUGAGCACAGGACAACUUUUUUUGUCCUGUCCUGUUACUCACCUCUGUCCUGGCGGGCGAAAGAACAGGACGAAAAUUAGGAUUCCGUCCUAUUCUGUUUUCGUCCUGUACUUAUCUCUAGCGUUUAUCCAAUGUUUUCGUUGCAAGGAGAUGAACUUGAUCAAGUGCCAAAUUCAUUAGAGGAUAAUCUUUCCCCACAAUCUUUACCGUAACUGAUAAAAAUUGCCGAUUUUGCUUUACUGAAAAGCCAGUUAACAUUGACAACUGCUUCAUCAUCAUCUAACACAGUCAUUAAACGGUUGCUGGUGUAAAAUUGGAAUAUAAAAAAAAUGAAUGCUCGUUCCCGCUGUCCCGAGUUCUAUAAUUAUCUUUUUAAUGACCUACAUCUAUUGAAGCGAAAUUGCUCAUCACAAAAGUAUAGCUAAUAAUUUAUUAUUUAAAUAUAUGUAUGUUGUUUUGGUUGGAAUUGAUUUUCAUAUAAAGUUCAUUUUAUAUUUUACUGCUAUAUUUUAAUGAAUGACUUUAAAAUGACUAAUAAUAUAGCGCACACCAUAUUAUCUUUAUGUUACUUUGAGAAAAAUCUUAAUCUUCGGUCAAUAGAACAUAAUAAGCACUUAAAUGAAUAUUUUUUGAGAAAAGAGUGCCAAAUAGUUUCUUGAUUUAAAUAAAAAAUCUCCCGGUAAACUCCUGAUCUUUUGCUAAAGCUUUAAUAUUUUAAAUUUGAAGUUGGUAACUCUGUUAAAAAACUUAUAAAAUAUUGCAGAGAUUAAGGAUCUUCAAAGUUGCGUUUUUCUUUAGUCUUAGUUUUGUUUUCAAAAUCUAUUCAUAUUUGUAUACUCUUUGUAGUUCUUUGAAUACAUGUGAAAUCUACAUGAAUAAUAUUACUUCGAUAAUAGUAUCAGAAUGAAAGAACAAAUAUAAAAAGAAAUCAAUGCCUAAAGCAUAGAUCUCGGUUUUACUACGAGUCGACUUGGGCCAAUCUUGUACAGCAUAGCAGAGACC